AUGCUUGUUAUGAGUUUUCUACCCACAUCCAAUGAGCCAGAGAGCUGCAGCAGCGAGGGAAGCAGCUGCACCACCUCCUCCAACACCACCUCUGACCCGUCCUCUAUGUCCGCACACACGCACGCCAACAUACCUUCCCUCAGCGAUGACCCCGACACCUCCAGCCACAAAGCUCCCCCUCCUCCUCCCCUGCCGCCCCCACCUCCUCCAGAUGCACCUCCGCCCCCUCCAACCACCACCAACCAAAACACGCGGAAGAAACGCCGCGUCCGCAGCUUCUUCUGGAAGCCGAUACCAGAGGAGAGGGUCAGAGAGAAACCGAACAUCUGGACCCUGGCAGUGCGGCAGCAGCAGUACCAGAUCGAUGUUCAGUCGGUGGAGGAGCUGUUCGGGCAGCAGGAGGAGGCGUUGACAGGCAUCCGAGGGCCGAGGCCAGCAACCGGAACUUCAACCCACAUCUCCAGGUCCCGCUCCUUCAAGGAGAGCACCAAGGAGGAUGUCAGUAUCCUUGACUCCAAGAGGGGGAUGAAUGUGGGCAUUUUCCUGAAGCAGUUCAAGAAGUCCAAUAGCUCCAUUGUGGAGGACAUACGGCGAGGAGAGGGAAAGAUUUACGGAGCGGAGCUGCUCAAAGACUUGCUGAGGCUCCUGCCUGACGCAGAGGAGAUCAAGAAGCUUCAGUCGUUUAAAGGAGACCCAGGCAAGCUGACACUGGUCGACUCCUUUAUGUUCCUCUUGAUCCAGGUGCCCCGAUUUGAGGUACGGAUCGAGGCCAUGGUGCUCCGUGAAGAGUUCAUCCCUUCCUGUAAUGUAAUGAGCAACGAGAUCGAUGUUGUCCGUGUGGCCACUAAAGAUCUGAUGAACUGUGAGGAACUUCAUGCCAUUCUGCAUCUGGUGCUGCAGGCUGGAAACAUCCUUAACGCCGGCGGCUAUGCUGGCAACGCUGCUGGUUUCAAGUUGUCAUCUCUCCUCUCACUGGCUGAUACCAAGGCAAACAAGCCCGGGAUGAACCUGCUGCACUUUGUUGCCAUGGAGGCAAAGAAAAAAGACGAGAAUCUGCUCAAGUUUCCAGAGAGACUUCAGGAUGUCCAGAGUGCUGCCAGGGUCUCAGUGGAAAACAUCGAGGUGGAGUUUUCAUCUUUAUAUGUUCGGAUCAAAUCACUGGAGGAGAAGAUUCAAGGAGACGAGGAGCUGCUGCAGCAGCUGGAGCCUUUUCUGCAGAGUUCAGCACAGAGGCUGCAGGACUUGAAGAGACGGAGACUGGAUCUGAGAAAAGAGGGGAAUGCUCUCAUCGAUUUCUUUUGUGAAGACAAGGACACUUUCAAGCUAGACGAGUGCUUCCGCAUCUUUCAGGACUUCUGCUUAAAGUUUAAAAAAGCUGUCAAGGACAACAUGGAUCGAGAGUUGAAGGAAGCAGCGAGAGAGCGCCGUUUGAAGGAGUUGGAGGAAAAGCGCUUCGCUUGGUCGGGUGUAGACCAGAGCAGUGGUUUUGGCCGGAGCAGCAGCGAGAACGACGUGGAGAUGCUCACCAAGGAAGGCCUGCUGGAUUUCUUCCAGCAGAGGUCUCAGAGUCCACACAGCCCCAUGGGACGCUCCGCCAGCGCCCGCCGGCACCGACACACCAUGACCUCCAUAGUAGACAGAGAACUCAAAGGAUACCUGGAGAUAUUUGGAGGUUCUGGGAAUCCCACAGACUACUCCAAAUUUAACAGCCUACCUCGGACGGGGCGCACAGUGCAGCGAAGGACAAUCCCGUGGAUCUUAGCACAGGACGACAACCGAGAGUUGGACCGCGACAGGAAAGUGACGUCUCCACAUGCAGAAACUGAGCCUAUCAGCCCACUGGCGAGGUUUUCCUCCCCUGGUUUGAAUGAUAAUGAUCCUUACAACAUCAACAACAAUAAAUACUCUUCUUUAUCAGAGAGCAGCGCCGUGCCUCGCUCAUUUUGUGUCUUUCAGAAGUCCGUGAAUCUCCCCAACCCAGCGACGACCACCCACAUGAAUGUCAGUGUGGAGAAGCACACUUUGGUUCCAGGUCCUCAAGCUUUUGACCUACCAAGUCCAAACAAUAACAGCAACUAUAUGCACUUUGUCAACCAGGGAGAUGUGGUAGUGACGGAUUUAGAAAAGGAGCGAUUUUCCCCUCCUGGAUAUCUUGACAACCAUGUACGUAAUAGAAGUUUUGGAGAUCCAAAGGCAGCCUGGGAAGGGAAACGAGAUCUAUGCCUGCAGGUUGGAGAAAGAGAAGAAGAAGACAACAGUACUGUGUCAUCAACAACCUGUGAUACCCCCCUUCCUCUAGAUACCUCUGCAUCCAAUAAGAAACCAGUGUUUUAUAUACUAGACUGCACAGAAACAGACUGCUCUGUCACCUUCGAUUACUCUGAAGCUGAGAGUUCAUCCCUAAUGAAAGAGGGGCUUCAUUACCGAGGCAAAGAUCACGAGAACCAGCAGGAUCCAAGCUCCCUGUCUUCAAAUUUGGACUCCAUGUCCCCCAAUGAUCAGUCUCUUUCAAACAGUGAGUUUGCAGAGCCCAAAUAUGUGGAUGCAGCAUCCAUGACUCCAUCUGCUACCACAGAAGAGUGGGAUACAGAGAGCUGUGACACCGUGGAGGGGAAACAAAGUGCAGAGAGAGACGCUCUGAGAAACAGCAGAAAACCAGUUAAGAGCAAAACCAACAAAGCGGCCAAGUCCAGCGUUGGUCGUGGUGUUCGGACACUUACGAGCACAGAAAGCCAGAGCAUGAGGAAAGUUCUACCAAUCUCUAAAAUAACGAGGACGGGAAGCAUCAAGAGAACUGACAGACCUUCGGCGCAAGACAGCAGUGAACCACGCCGUCCUCUUCGCGAUCAGAGCACGCCACCAAGAGGAAGAAGCGAGAAGACCACACGGCCUCUUCGACACUCCAGUCUGCCUCCUGAUGAGUCAAAAGCUCAAAGAGGGGGUGGACUCGCAAGCAGCAUUUCAAGAUGGGCACAAGAUGCAGCCCAGAAGAAGGCUGUCCACAAACCAAGCACCAAACCUGUUAGGAACGUCCCCAAACCUCCGCCUGAGGAGAAGAUGUGCCGCUCCACCAUGAGAGCCCUAGCCCAGGCCCAGGCUCAAGCUCAGGCUGGAGCAUCUUCUGAGAACAGCAGCUCCAACACUCUAAGUGCAAGAAACACCUCUGAUGUCCCGAGCUUUGCUCGCAACACCGUAGCUUCGACUACCAGGACAAAGAAGGAGCUGUGCCCCCCGUCCAUCCCUCCCACCCCUGGCACCCCCUACGUCCUCGGCCGGCAUACUUCAGUGAAGCAGACGAGGUUCUCGCCAACAGUUCCUGCCGGCGAGGAGCGCCCACAAGGGACAAACCUACGAAGGGUACAAAGUGUGAAAGUGUCCAGGAACAGCCUCGUCAGCGAGACUCCCUCACUACCUUACGCACGUGAAGAUGUCAGAAAGACUAAUAGCGCGGAAAAGGCAGUUCAGUCUAGAGACUCUUCGACACCCAGCAGAAGUGCUAAACCAAGCUGGAAGUAG